GGGCUUUCUUUCUCGCCGCCUGGUUUGCCUAUUUAUCGCUUUCCGCCUCUUGUCGCUUCGGCACACACUCGCAACCUUCUUCUCCGCCAUCGCCCCAACCCCCGAUCGCUGCAAACCACAUGGCCUAUCAACCACCCAACCAAUACGCCCCGAGAGGCACUUACCAGCAGCCAUACCAACCCGGCGGCUACUCCCAGGGCCAGCAGCCACCAUACCAGCCCGGCGGCUACUCCCAGGCCCCGCCAACUUACGGCCAGCCCUAUCAAGGCCAACAAUAUCAAGGCCAGCAGUAUCAGGGCCAGCAAUAUCAGGGCCAGCAAUAUCAAGGCCAGCAAUAUCAAAGCUCGGGCCCCUAUAGCACUCAGCGACCGCCGUACCAGCCCGGCCCGACUCCCUACAGCCCUCCGACUGUCCAUCCCACUCUUAGCCAAAAAUCCGACGGCUACCAACCCGUCGCCCCGGCCAGGAUCGCCACUCUUCCGCCUCCAGGCCAGCCAAGCGAUCCAUAUGUGCUAUUCCAACGUGCCGAUCGAGACAACAGCGGCCGAAUCGAUGCUGCAGAGCUCCAACAGGCCCUUGUUAAUGGCGACUACACGGCGUUCAGCCCCGAGACCGUCGGCACCAUGCUUCAGCUGUUCGAUACCGACGAAGAUGGCCGAAUCACCUCCACCGAGUUCCAGAGUCUUUGGAAAUAUCUGAGCGACUGGCGCGGUAUCUUUGACCGGUUCGAUGCCGAUCGCAGUGGCAACAUCGAUUCUGGCGAGUUGACACAAGCGCUGGCGGCUUUUGGAUUCCGCAUCAGCGACGCCACUUGCCGCACGCUUAUCCAGCGAUUCUCCAAGAAAGGCCGCAGCGAUAUUUCAUUUGAUUCCUUUAUUCGGGUGUGCAUGUCGAUCAAGUCUGCCACCGAAACGUUCGUGCAACUGAACCCCACCAGCGACAACCGAGUUACAUUGGACUAUGAGCAAUUCCUGACGGCUGUCAUCCGAAAGUAACUGUUCCUGGGCAGCUCGACAGCAAAGCCCGCCGUGCAGCCUGGAUAAUGUCCACAACUCAUGAACUCGAGGUGCCAAGGGCAGUCUGCAUCCGAGUUCGUCCAGCGCCAGUUCGACUCUGAGUGGAGCACAUCUUCACACCCCCGGAUCGGCUUUGUUCUUCUUGGAUUAACUUCUUCGGGUGUGAUCGCCGGCCGUGAGCGCGUGUCUUUGUUGAUGAUGAAAUACAGCACUUUCGAGCAAGUCAAGACGCGACGGAUGCACCAGGUGGUGCCCUCCUCCCAUAGAUCAUGCCAACGCCACGAACGAGCCACCUGAAUAUGCACUGUUUGGCCUGGGAAUGUGCUUGGGCGAAUGAUAGGCAAAUGGAUGAACAAUGACUGACCGAUCUAUGGCCG